GGCGUUGCCCCUGUCAAACCUCACAUGUAUCACAACUGACCAUGCUUGCACUUCACUUACAAGGCAUUUCAGGGAGCAGUCAUGUCUGCCUUGUACCCAUCUCUGGAAGACCUGAAGGUGGACCAAGUCAUCCAGGCCCAGGCCAGAGCCUCGCCCAGGAUGCCCACCAUGCCAACCCCAGUGGCUACUGCCUCCACACCUUCAGUGUGGUACCCAGACCUGGCAGAACUGGAGAGCUACAUGGGGCUUUCCCUCUCCAGCCAGGAAGUCCAGCAGAGCCUGCCUCAGACUCCAGAAGGUGACACUGAGGUGGUCACUGGUUCCCAACCUGGCCAAUUGGUGGCACCAGUGUCUGGGAACAACCUGGGUAUGCUGCGUAGCGAGAUCAAGCCUGGGGUGCGUGAGAUCCACCUGUGUAAGGACGAACACGGCAAGACUGGGCUGCGGCUGCGGUCCAUCGACAAGGGGCUCUUUGUGCAGCUGGUUCAGGCCAACACCCCUGCAUCCCUUGUGGGGCUGCGCUUUGGGGACCAGAUCCUGCAGAUCGAUGGGCGUGACUGUGCAGGGUGGAACACAGACAAAGCUCGCCGGGUGUUGAAGAAAGCAUCAUCUGAAAAGAUUGUCAUGGUUGUUCGCGACAGGCCAUUCCAGAGGACUGUUACCAUGCAUAAGGACAGCUUGGGCCAAGUCGGCUUCUUCAUCAAGAAGGGGAAGGUUGUGUCUGUGGUGAAGGGGAGCUCCGCGGCCCGCAAUGGGCUCCUUAUCAACCACUAUGUUUACGAGGUGAACGGACAGAACGUCAUCGGGCUAAAGGACAAAAAGAUCACAGAGAUUCUGGCCACAGCUGGAAACGUCAUCACCCUGACCAUCAUUCCCACUGUGAUCUAUGAACAUAUGGUCAAAAAGUUGUCCCCAUCGUUGCUGCACCACACCAUGGACCACUCCAUCCCAGACGUCUGAAGCCACUGGAAGGCAGCUCGGGCUUCCCACACUCCUGCAGGAAAGAGUAGAGGAUCUUGGAUGACAGGUUGCAGCGGGCCUGCUGCCUGGGUUGGAGGUCUUGAGGGAAGUGUUUCAGGUGGGUGAACCUCAGUGGUGUGGGCCCAUCGUUGCUAUAGAGGCUUUCUUGGAGCUCCGACUCCUGGCUAGGCUGGGGUACCACUCAUUAGAUGCUAGGCAUUUGUGCCAAGCAGCUAGCCAUGUUUCAGGGUUGAGCUGGGUCCCUUUGGAGAUUUUCUUCUGCCAGGAAAUCAUGUAGCUGACUCAACAGAGAAGCGCGUUCUUUGUGAGAGUGACCUCUUUGUCUCUGUGGCCUUUUGUCACAGGCUGUUUAUACCUUAGCUGUAAUCCUUUACUGACUUCUGAAUAA